ACCGAACCCGAAUGCAAUAGAAAAUGGAACUGGGUUGCAGACUGAAAUAGUAAUCUAAAUCAGACCUAAGAAUGGGAAAGAAAGAUGCUAGUGCCAAUAGAGGCACACCAGUUGAAAAAUACAGGAAAGAUAUAGGAAAACAGGAUUACAAAAAGAGUAAAAAAGAAGUGAAGAUGAUGAAAGACAAAGCUGAUAUGAAAUCCUCAGCAAUGGGAAUAAAGGAAGUAGUGAUGAUCGUGGCAGCAUUAUUUACACUUGUAGCUGGUGUAUAUUUGUUCCUCUUCUGGCGACUAUCAAACAGAGAAGUUCCAGGGAGAUAGUAUACCAAGUAAUGAACCAUAAAACAGUUGUGCAAGAUAGUGAUUUGUGAAAUCCCGUGUCAUUUGUCAUACUUAGAUGUCUACUUAAUAGAUUAUUUCUUGUGAUACACAGGGUCAUUUAAGUACAGUGAUGUAAUUAUUUUUUGAUACUCAGACAUUUAAGCAUCUAUAAUAUUGAUAUAUAGAAAACAAGGAAGGGAUGCAUGAUUGCAUCUCAUGGUUCUGAAAAAUUGAGGCAUUCCUCAGGUUUUCUGAAUUUUAUUUAAGUAAUGAAUUUUGAUGAUAUACAUUUUAAAUUUUUAAUUUUGAUUGUUUAGUUUUGAUGCAAGCUAGAUUUCAAGUAUGGAUUUUUAUAUAUACAUGUAUAUUUAAUCCAGAUAAAAAUUCUUGUGGAAAGCACAUCAUUAUUUUGUCUGGCAAUUUUAGUGACAAGAGAAAAAGGUUGUGUACUAAUAUUUAGUUCUAGGAAUAGUUUUAAAGAGCAGUAUAUUGUCAGGUAAAUAAUAACUGCAUUAUGUGCUGUAUGAAUGACCUUAAAUAUCUGUUAUUAUAGAAAAACAAUUCUUUUCUUCAAUAAUAACACUAUGCAAUAAAAUUUAUAAUUUUUA